AUGAUGACGGUGUGGGAAGUGUUAGUAGACUAUCUCGCCGGAAAGGUCUUGGUAAACGUUGAUAUCUUGCAGCCUGAGGCAAAGAGUUGCAUUGAUAAUAUUCUGGAAAGAAUAUUAGUAAAAAUUGAGGUUCCACGGCAACUGCAACAGAUCGCACCAAUAUAUUACCUUCCGAACCCCCCCAUCGAUACCAUGUCUGAGCCUGCUAGCGCAGUUCCGAAACGCAUGAUGACUCGUCCUAAAAAUGCAACUCAGCAUCCAGGACGUAUCCUCACUGAGGCCAAAGGCUAUACCAAAAGACGUACCAAAGCUCAAAAGUUCGCUGACGACAAGCGUGAAAAAGAGGAAAAGCAGGCAAGUGAAAUGGCUGUACAAGAAGGAUAUAAGCGCGUUGCUGCAUUUGAGAAAAAAAUGCAGACAGACCAAGCUGCUAAACGUGCUGAUGCACCAAAGCCUACUCGUCCCCGCCCACGCCCUGUAAAAAAGGUUGCGAAACCCAUGGAGACCUCUAACUCGACUAUGGCCGAGGAUCAGGCCAUUGGCGCUAAAGGCAAGGGUGGUAGGGCUAGAGAUAAAUCAGCAGCCAGUGAUGCAGAGGACGAGGAGCAGGAGGCGCGAGUGCCUGGAGCACGCAAAAAGAAGGGGAAGAGGACGGUGUUACCAGUGAAGAUGCCAGUGAGAGACGCAAUCGAAGCAGCUGGCCUUAUCGAUGACUCGGAAUCAACAAUGCCACGUGACAACGAUAAGAAGUCUGGUGAUGUCUCUACAGCAGGUCCUGCAAAAUUCGGUGUUGCUGCUGGGCGUAUUUCGCAUUGGAGGUUGGAGAUCCCUGAAGAGCUUACCUCCGCCGCCACUGCCUCGAAGCACAGACGACCAUCUACGAUGCCUUCUGACUUCUCUAGUAUGGUUCCCUCCUCUAAACUCACUAGGGGGAGUACUGUUAGUAGCGGUGGUGCCCCACUCACACCCAUCAAUACUAUCACCGGUGCUGGGGCUGAUAGCAUGGCAGAUCAUUUUGUGACUCUGUUUGCAGACGAUGAUUUGGAUGAAUCAGUCGAGCGCUCUCAGGCCCUUGCCCGUAUGUCCAAACCAAAGGGGGCCGCUCAGGGCGUCAAGAUUUCUUCUAUGGUCCCUGAUACUUCCAUUCAAGCAAACUCAGCCCGUCGCAAUACCAACCUGGCCCCCAAACAGCUCAACACACUUGAGCCUGACACUGUCACUGACGAUAAUGGCGAUAUGGAUGUUGAGGUGGCUCGCCCAGCAGUAGCGUCGCUCGUCAACUACGCAUCCGACACUGACAUGGAAUCUGAUCUUGAACCUCCUCCUUCUACGCAGGUGCCCAAAGGAUACUAUGAUGACGACAUCCGCCGAGCUGUGGCUCUCAAUCGAAAACCAGCAUCCUACCCUACGACUCUGUCAACGAGUGUCAAGCGCAAACUUGCAGACAUAGAGGACGACCUGACUGACGAUGACGCAAUUGAGGACGAUGCAAUUGAGGACGACACAAUCGAGGAUGCCCUACUCGAAGAUGCUCCCUUCGAGGACGACAUCAUGGUCGGUGAUGACUUCGGUGAUGAUCAUGCCUCCAUGAUCGAGGAAGAUUUGCUCUCGUCCGAAGUUGAGUUCAUUAGUCACAUCAAGCCCGUUGUCAAGGUUGAAUCCAAACCAGUAUCUUUGCGGGUCACGUCCACGGUAACUAAUGUUGGUGUCAAACACAAAGCUCCCGUGACCAAGCGGACAAAAUCUUCCAUUGCGCAUACUCAUAGUCUUUCCAGCAUCUCAAGUGCUGGUUCUGGUGCCGCGUUGGGUCCUGUAGAAGUGGAGAUCCUUCCUCGUUCUGCUUACAGGAUCAAAAACCUUCCUGGAGGUCCUCGGGCAGUCACUAGGUGGAGCGCAGUCUUCAUUCCAACUCUCAUUUCCGCCGUUGGGGACCAAGAUGAAGUUUGGGGCCGACUCGAGUCGGAGACGACGCUUUGCGCUACCAUCCAGGACACCUGGAAUGCAGUUUACGGUGAUAUACCUCACACGGUCACACCCGAUGGGCCGGUUAUGGCUCUAGACGAUAUCGAGAGUGAUGAGGAUCGCAAAGAUUUUGCGAAAAACUUACGUCUCAAGCUAGGAUUUUUGUAUGGCAGCAUCACGGAGGACGGCAAAUACAAACAACCCUUCCAGUCUGAACUCCUCGUUCAGGUUCUGAUGGAACGCGCCCUCGAUAUUAUCGGUGGGGACACGCGCGUCAGUGAACUGAAAUUCAACAGUAAAGGGAAGGCCGUCAAGGUCCCCCACAGCUUGAACAAAGUCACGGGCAAGGCCAGUAACGCUCUCAAGGCGUUUUCAGACACCAACUACGGCGAGGCGACCAGAGGCUAUAUGAAAUCCAUCAACCGGCUCCGAGAGUCAGUCCUCCAAGACGUCUGGGAGCGCACAAAAGAAAUCGCUGUGAAGAGGCGUCACGGUGGUGCGUCCACCAUUCUGGAUGAGGAUUCCGACGAUGAGCGCGCAAUCAUCGUCGACGACGACUGUACCCAGCAUCCCGUGGCCUACUACUACUACACCCACAUAUGGCCAUCGUUAUCCUUCACCACCAAAGCCUGCUUUCCCUCCGCCCAAUUCUUCCUACAUCACACCACCCACAUCGCCAGACACGCCGUCACCAAGUUAUUCAACAUCGAUGUCUCCAGCAUCAACGGCAUCUCCUCCAACGCCCCCAGGUGUAGAGGUGCCGCAUAG